AUGUCUUCUGCCAACAUGACAGAGCCAAUUGCUAUUAUUGGUAUGGCAAGUCGAUUCGCUGGACAGGCAUCUGAUAUAGAGAAGUUAUGGGAUGUCUUGUUGAAAGGCAAGCCUUCACCUUCCGCUUUUCUAAACAACAAGCAUUAUCAUCCAGAUCAAUCUCGUCAAGGAGCGAUUCAUGCAAAAGCAGCAUACUUUAUUAAAGAUGACACGACGGCAUUUGAUAGCGCUUUCUUUGGGAUGACCAAAAAGGAAGUGCUCUCAAUGGAUCCGCAGCAACGACUGUUGCUGGAAUCGACAUAUCAUGCUCUUGAAAAUUCGGGAAUUCCCUUAGAACAAGCCAUUGGAACUAAUACAUCUGUAUUUGUUGGUCAAUGUGGGGAGGACUUUGGCGCCAUGUGCAACUCUGAUAUGGAAUUGGCGCCUACUUACAAAGAAACCGGAGUCGAACGAUCAAUUCGGGCAAAUAGAAUAAGCUGGUUCUACAACUUCAAAGGCGCAAGUUAUGUUGUUGACACUGCAUGUUCUAGUAGUCUUGUGGCUUUGUAUACGGCCUGUCAGGAUCUUCUUUUGCAUGACUCCGGAAUGGCUGUGGUUGGCGGGAUUCAAACGAUUAAUCAUCCAUCUCAAUUCAUGGGCUUGGACAAACUGGGUGCCAUUGGCUCAGAUGGGUAUUGUUAUGCUUUUGACUCCAGAGCCAACGGAUAUGCACGAGGCGAAGGCGUGGGUACAGUGAUCAUGAAACGGCUUUCAGAUGCAAUCCGUGAUGGAAACACCAUCAGAGCUGUUAUUAGAUCAUCUAGUGCAAGCUCCAAUGGAAGAACUCCGGGAAUCUUCAACCCCUCGGCUGAGGCACAGACGGCGCUAAUCAAGACUACUUAUCAAAAAGCAGGGUUGGAUCUAGCUCUCACAACUUUUGUUGAAGCCCAUGGCACUGGAACAAAAGCUGGUGAUGCAACUGAAGUCACGGCCUUGUCCACCGCUUUCGAGACUGCUAAGAGAGAUACGCCGCUCAUUGUGGGUGCCGUAAAAACGAUACUAGGUCACACCGAAGGCGCAGCAGGAAUCCUAAGUGUGAUCAAAGUUGUCAAAAUGUUGGAAACAGGAAUAAUACCUCGGAAUCACAAUUUUAUCAAAUCAAAUCCGGAAAUUGAUACCGAAAAGCUGAAUAUACGUUUUCCUCUUGAGACAAUGAAAUGGCCACGAGAGGGCGUCCGAAGAGCUUCAAUCAAUUCGUUCGGAUUCGGCGGAGCAAACGCACAUGCUGUUAUCGAUGAUACACUAUCUUAUUUAUUGGAAAACAAUAUUCAGGGAAUUCAUCAAACGGUCGCUUAUGAAGACAUUCAUGCUCAGAACAUUCUACACGUCAAUGACUCCAACCGCUUUUUGAAUGACCAUCAGAAUGGCGAAUCUGAUCGCAUUGAUUAUACGAAUGGUAAUGGCGUUCACGAUACAAAUACCCAUUCGAAUGGGAACAGUCAAAGCAACGGCAAAUUGGAGCAUGAUACAAGAAAGAACCUUUUCGUGUUUUCUGCAUUUGAUAAGAAGGGUCUUAAACGAAUCGCCGAAAGCUAUCAAGGGUGGCUUCAACAUGCUUUACAACAGGAAGAGCAAGAUUUUGGGUUUAUUACCCGUCUUGCUUACACUCUGGCUCAUCACCGGUCUAUGUUCAAUUGGCGAAGCUACAUCGCUGCCAGCAGCCUUGAAGAACUUGCAGACAACAUCUCGACUUUACCUGCAUUCAAUACAAAAAAUCAAUCACCAAACGUGGCAUUUAUCUUCACCGGACAAGGCGCCCAAUGGGAUGGUAUGAUUGGAGCACUGAGUCAAUUCAAGACAUAUCGAAGGAGUAUAGAGGAUGCCGCUGUGUACUUCACUGAGAUGGGUUCUCAGUGGAAUUUGACAGAGCUAUUGGACCAUCGAGUAAUAUUGGACCGAGAUGACUUGGCUCUCAAUCUCCCUCUAGUCACUGUCCUUCAGGUUGCAAUUAUCGAUCUGCUUCAUAGCUGGGGUGUCAAGCCCCGUUGUGUUGUAGGCCAUUCCUCGGGGGAAGUAGCCGCUGCGUACGCCUCUGGGAAGAUUGGGAGGAAGGCGGCCUGGAAAGCAGCCUACUUUCGGGGUGUUGUAGCGGCCAAGCUCUCUGGUCAAGGUGGUGGAAUGUUAGCUGUGGCUCUUUCUCCUGAAAAAGCCAAAGACUACAUACGGGACUAUGAGGCUGCUGGAAAGUUGACAAUUGCAUGUUACAAUUCACCAUCAAACCAGACAAUCUCCGGAGAUAUCGACGCCAUCGAUGCUCUCAAAGCCACAUUGGACGAUGAAAAGAUCUUCGCUCGGAAGCUGAACGUAUCAAAUGCUUAUCAUUCUUCCCACAUGACUGUAGGCGCAGAGGAAUACACUAGCCUACUCGGCGAUCUCCAUACGGAUGACAAACUACUAGGAUGGUCUGAUGUUGAAAUGAUUUCCUCGGUUACGGGUCUAUCUCUUACCUCCAAGCAAUUGGAACAACCAUCGUACUGGACCAACAACUUAGUUUCUCCUGUCCAGUUUACGUCUGCACUCUUGAAAAUGUGUAACGAAAGCGGCAUUGCCUUCGACGACUUGCUCGAGAUCGGUCCUCAUUCUACUUUGCAGAGUGCUGUCAACGAAACGCUUCAUGAUACUUUGUCGGCAGAGGUCUCCUAUCAUUCAACAGUAAAACGAAAGAAUCCAAGUGCAGCACCAAUUAUAGACACAGCUGGUGCGUUGUGGUGCAAAGGACACCCCAUCAAUCUGGAUGCAGUGAAUGAAAAUAACUCGGGCUCAGCAUGUAUGCUGACUGAUCUCCCCCCGUACCGAUUCAAUCACGAGUCAAACUUUCUACUUGAGAGUCGUCUGAGCUCGAAUUACCGUUUCCGUGAAUAUCCUCGGAUGGAUCUCAUAGGUGCUCCGGUUCCAGAUUGGGACUUCGAUCAUCCUAAAUGGAGGCAAUUUUUCCGGGUCAAAGAGAUCCCCUGGAUUACAGAACAUAAAAUCACUGGACAGAUUAUUAUGGCUGGUGCCGGGUGGGUAGUCAUGGCAGUUGAAGGUGCUAGGCAGCUUGCAGACCCAUCUCUCAAGGUGACAGGAUUUCGUUUGCGUGAAGUUGCGCUUAAAUCGACUUUGAUUAUACCAGAAACAGAUGAAGGCGUCGAAGUCAUGAUUAGUAUGCAAUGGAUGUCCGACAGCAGUGAAACUGUUUCCAAUAUUUGGAGAGAAUUUACUAUCACGUCACACGAUCAAGAAUCCAACACAUGGCGUGUACAUGCCAAAGGUCUGGUCUCCAUCGAAUACGAGCAGUCCAACAUUAGUAUCGACAAAAACGACAAGUUAUUAGCGGAAGAAUCAGCAGCUAAAAGGCUUUUGGCUGAAGUGACAGAAAAUUGCAAGACUCCCGUGGACUCGGAAUGGAUGUAUGGAAGAUUUAGACCAGCCGGAUUCGACUUCAAAACCCGAUACAAGAAUUUGAGCCAAAUUUCCAUCAGCAAAGGGCCUGACUGCUAUGAUGUUCUGGGAACAGUUCGAAAUCCAGACUUGGCUUCUGUGACCGCCGCAGGAUAUGUUUAUCCUCACCUGUACCAUACUGUUACCCUAGAUUCGGUGAUACAUAUGGGGCUGCCGACAAUACUAGCUCGGCUCGAUAACGGAAGUGUGCCAUCUCCCACGAUUCCAGGGUGGUUUGAUGAAGUGUGGAUUUCUUCUUCGAUCAGCAGCCGUGCAGGAGAUGCGCUUAGAUUAUGCAUGCAUCAGUACAAUGACUUCUGGCAUGGGCUGAGAAAUGAGAUUGUUGGUUUCGACGAGCAUAGCUCUAAGCGAAUGCUGCACAUUAAAGGUCUGAAAUAUCACACAGUGCCUGGUAAUCCACUGUCUUCGGCUUUAGAGCCCUGUCAUAAAAUUACCUGGCGACUGGAAUUGGAUCUUAGAGAUGCGGAUUAUAAUUCGUGGAUUGCGAAUAGUCACAAAAUAUCGGCUGACCGGAAGCUGCUGAUAAUCAACAUCUCUGAGUCAAAACAGUCUGCGACUUGUCAAUUGCUCAAAAAGGCAUUUUUUGAAUCUGGAAAGUGUGACCACACUCUCAUGACAUCAUUGAACAAGAUUCAGGAGCUCGAGCUAUCAAAUGUCACUUGUAUUGUCGUAUCGGAUGGAGAUGAUUUGUCUCUGAUUCAGCCAGAUAAGGAAAUAUUUGAUGGUUUGAAGCACCUCAUCACAGCCUCUCCACGCAUUUUCUGGAUUGCAGCAGAUUCAGUAAAGCCACAAUGGGCCGUUGCUAGUGGAAUACUCAGGACGGCAAGAUGGGAGAAGGGAGGAACAGACACUGACUUCUCUCUACUCAGCAUUGUCUGUUCAGAGAACGAUGAGAUAGACAGUGAGCGUGCAAAGCAGGUAUUCCAGUAUCAUUUCUUCAGUGGCAAAGCCGCUCGGAACGCCGAAUAUGAACUUCGUGGUGACGCUGUCUGGUCAAACCAGAUUUUUGAGUUCGAUGAGGUCAAUGCCUUCCGCCAAAGCCACUCAUGCCCAGGCAGUCAAAUCAAUCUAGCUCCAUUCAGAGGCGAUAAGAAGCGUCACCUGAGACUUAAAGCUCAAACUCUCGGUAGAAUAGAGACCCUUCAUUUCGUGGACGACGUGGACGCUAGCAUACCUCUUGCUGCCGAUGAGGUACAAGUAAAGGUCGCUACUGUCGGAUUGAACUUUCGUGACGUCGUCGUUAGUCUCGGCGAGCAGAAUGAAGAUGUCUACGGCAUCGAAGGGGCGGGCUGGAUCACCCAAGUCGGGACUGCUGUGACUGAAUUCAAGGUUGGUGAUAGAGUUGCUGGUUUAUGGGGCAGAGAAAGGGGCUACAUGCGAUCAUUUUGCAAUGUACCCACGGCGUUGGUCACGAAAAUUCCUGAUAACAUGACAUUUGAAUUGGCAGCUGCUAUUCCAUUAAACUUUACGACGGUAAUUUACUCCUUGCGUGAACUCGCACGUCUCUCGUCUGGUGAGAAGAUUCUCAUCCACAGCGGAGCUGGAGGAACCGGUCAGGCUGCUAUUCAAUAUGCACGAUUGGUUGGCGCAGAGAUUUUCACCACCGUUUCAAGUGAGGAAAAGAAGCGAUAUCUGAUUGAAACAUAUGGAGUAGCAGCCGACCAUAUAUUUUCAAGUAGAACGUUCGAUUUCGACACCCUGAUCAUGGAGGCAACGUGUGGCCAUGGAGUUGAUGUGGUUCUUAACUCACUGGCUGGGGAAGCAUUACGCAGAUCAUUAGACUGUGUAGCGCCCCUCGGUAGAUUUAUCGAGCUUGGCAAAAAGGAUGUAUACUCAAAUGGCCUCUUGCAAAUGAAAGCCCUCAAAAAGAGCGUCUCUUUCUUCGCUGUUGACAUGUUGACACUGUACAAGCAUCGCGAGGAGUAUUCAGGCAAGCUCUUGGAGGAAACCAUCGACUUACUGACCAAGGGGGUUAUCAAACUUCCUCUUGUGGAAACAUACAGCUUCGCAGAUAUGUUACCUGCAUUCCGCAAAUUGCAGACAGGAAAUAUGAUGGGCAAAAUAGUUCUUACUGCGUCAGACGAUGACAUUGUUCCAAUCUUAGCAAGAGCACCCGAACCUUUUGUAUUUGAUUGUGAUGCUUCUUACCUCAUUUCGGGUGGCUUACGUGGAGUUGGAAAGGUGAUUGCUCAAUGGAUGGUCUCGCACGGAGCCAGAAAUCUCAUCCUUCUUACCAGAUCAGGUGUGCAGUCACCUGAGACUGCAGCUUUUAUCGAGCGACUCCAAUCCGGAGGAUGCAAAGUUGUAGCUGGCGCAUGCGAUAUCGCAAAUGAAAAUGAUGUGCGCCAGUUUCUAGGUGCUUGUAAAUACAUGCCACCAAUUCGUGGAUGCAUACAAAGUGCGAUGGUUUUGAAGGAUAAAUCAAUCUUGAAUAUGACCCAUGAAGAUUGGAUAGCAGCAAUCCGUCCCAAAGUCAACGGAUCCUGGAAUCUACACAAGCUACUACCAACGGACCUUGACUUCUUUGUGAUGCUAUCAUCCAUCACAGGAGUCAUUGGAAACCACGGUCAAGCUAAUUAUGCAGCUGGUAACACAUUCCAGGAUCAACUUGCGCGCUAUCGUGUGUCCCAAGGCCUCCGAGCGACAAGUCUUGAUCUAAGUGCCAUAUCUGGAGUAGGCUGGAUUGCUGAGAAUUCCAAUAUCGAUACGCUGCUAAGGGGAGCCGCGAUUCAGCAACUGAAAGCAGAAGAUAUCUUUACAGUCUUACAAUAUGCUUGUAACCCCAGCAACGCACCUAUAUCAGCAAACGGUAUACUUCUUACAUGUGGAGAAAAUGAUAGCAACAACCGCAUCAAGAUGGAUCAGAGUCAGAUCAUUGUGGGUAUGGACACUGCAGCCGCGAUCCGACGCAAAGGAAUAUCCAAACCUGCCUAUCUAGAUCAUGCACUUUUUUCAAACAUUUUAGCAGAGUACACCUCAGCUGGUGAAAUGGGUUUGGGUGAUCAAGAUCAAGGAGCCAGUCUUGCCACUAAACUUGGAGCCUGCGCUUCGAUUGCCGCUGCCACAGAGCUAAUUAUCGAUGCCAUCAAACAAAAGCUUUCGGAUCUGAUCUCAACGCCUGCCGAAGAUAUCAAUGAUAGAAAAACUUUUAGCAGCUACGGUGUCGACUCGUUGGUGGCUGUCGAGUUUCGCUCAUGGUUGAGCGCGGAGAUUGCGACUGAUAUUGCAGUUUUGGAGAUCAUUGGUUCCAGAAGUAUCAGAACAAUUGCUGGAAAGGUCGCCACAACAAGCAGUUUUGUCAAGUUGCAGGAAGCCACUGAUAGUUGA